AUGGCUACCCGUGGCUUAUCUUCAGAACAGAUACAGUCGGCUUUAGAGCUGAGAGAUGAUGACUCAAUCAUCGAAGGUAUUUCCGAUGAGGAUGACUCGAUCUCUCUUACUGCUCAUGCAGAAACUCUCCAAGAAGGUGGAGAAAGCUCUAGGAAGAAUUUAGGCACAACAAAAGAUGAAAUGAAAAUCUUUUUUGGCAUAUGUAUCGCUAUGAGCUAUUUGGGUUUGCCAAGAAUUAAAAUGUAUUGGAUGAGUAAAACUAGGAUCCCAAUGAUAGCUGAUCGUAUGACUAGAGAUCGUUUUUUUCGGAUAAGGACUAACUUGAAACUAGUGAAUGACCUUGAUGUCGAUACGGCUGCCAAACAAAAUAAGUUUUGGAAAGUGCAACCCCUAAUUGAAACGGUACGAAAAGCUUGCCUAGAAAAUCCCAGACCUCAAGAAGUCAGCAUUGAUGAACAAAUAAUACCAUUUUGGGGCCAAGUAUCAAUGCGGCAGUUUAUCAGGGGAAAACCAAACCCUUGUGGGCUGAAGAAUUUCGUUUGUACCAGCCCGGGUGGUAUACCCUUAGAUUUUUUCUUGUAUGAGGGCAAGGGUGAUAGCAUACUACCGACUGGUGAAACUGAAGGUCUGGAUAUUGGCGGGAAAGUCGUAAUGAGAUUGGCUAAUAAUUUACCUGAGGGUUCCAAGCUAUACAUGGAUAGAUAUUUUACAUCAAUUGAGCUGUUAGACAAACUAUACACAGAGAAAAAAAUGCAAGGAACGGGCACUCUCAAGAAGUCAAAAAUCCCUAAAGCAUGCAAUUUUAAAACUGAUAAGCAGUUAAAAGAUCAGGGACGAGGUUCUUCUGACCAAUUAAUUCAAAGUUACCUGAAAACAAAUGCCGGCGCUGGUGUAAGAAGACGAAGCAAUACAUCGAGAUUAAUCGGCCUUAUGCUAUUCAGCAAUAUAACGAAAAUAUGGGGGGGAGUGGACAUGCUGGAUAGGGUUAUUAGCUUCUAUAGAAUAAGCGCACGCUCAAAAAAAUGGACGGUUCGAUUGAUAUUCCAUUUAUUCGACUUUGCGGCAGCUGCAGGAUGGUUGGUGUACCGGAAAGAAGCCCAAAUGUUGGAUACUCCUAAAAAGGACACUCUGGAUUACUUGGAGUUCAAAGCCGAAAUAGCAAAUUCUUUGCUCUAUUUCACUCCAGCAAGAGAGCAAAUAAUACACCUGUACGAGGAAGUUGAUGAUGUGCCAGCAGAAGCUAGUCAAACUAGCCGCAAGAGGAAAUAUGUCCCUCAACCCCCAUUGCAGCUGAGAACAGCCAUGGCAGGUCAUUUACCAAUGAUUGAUAACGAGUCAGGUGAUCACAGAUGCCGCUUGCCAGGUUGCAAGAGCAAGAAAGCAAGGAUUUCAAUAUGGUGCUCACUGCAGCUGAAAAAAAUGCGCCGUUAUCGCCAAAAAAUUAAAGAUAAUCCCCAAAAAUAUGAACAACAAAAGAAAAAAGACCUACAACGCAUAAAAACUAAAAGAAAGAAAAUAUCACAACUCGAUGAUGCCGAUAAAGAUAAAAUAAGAAAACAAUGGCGAGAUCAAAAAAAGAGGCAAAGAAAAAAUAAAAAAAUAAACAAAAGUAAUGAGAACCAAGAUAAAGACAACGAAAACAUUGAUAGGGAUGGAGUAUCAUUCAGGGAAAAUUCGCUCAGCAGAAAAAGUCGAGAAACUACAAGAAAGAAAUUGAAAGACGAUGAUAUAGAAAAUAUGCUAAUGCGGUUAGAGGCUGGCGAAAUUUCAGAAGACGAUGCCGAAUCAGAUGAGGAUGACUUGGAUUUCUAUCCGUCUCGCAAAGAUCUACAAGCCGUACUCGAAGAUAAAGAAGUAAGUGAUGAAGAGGAAGUGCCUGAAACUGAAGAAUGCCCGGAUCCUCCCCUGGUUCAUGAAGAAAUCUAUCAACAAGCUUCGACUUCUCGGUCUAAUGUAUUUCCGCAAAUAAAUACACGAAAUUUGAUUUGGAAAAAACGCUCUUUGGAGUAUAAAGAGGAAUCAAUUGCUUUCUUGGGGUUAAAGGACUCUCUGUGCACAAUUAAGAUUUGGUAUAUCUCUGAGAAAGAUAUUGACGAAAUUGCUGCUCUUUUGCCUCAAAAGCUAUCAAUUGUAGUUGGAACAAUGCAAUUACAUCAGAUUGCAACACAACAACCUGGAACUAUUACUUACAGAGACUUGGGAUGUUUUUGUGGGUCACAAAGGGGUUUAUGUUCAUGUUACGAACCAAAAAUCCACAAAUUCGAAUGUCCUACGACAGAAAAUAGAGGCAUUGAAGCAGCUGAUACAUUAGAUGAUAUUGAACCAUCAGAUUUAAUGAAUGUGGAUGUUGAGAUAAACCUUGAGGAACUGUCAGCGAUGAAUGAUGUAAACUUUUCAUCAAUUGGUGAUCUCACAAAGCCAAACCAAACUAACUCAGCGCUUGAAAAUGUGGACGAGGACUUUUCUUUCAUUGGAGAUUCUUCGAAACCAAAUACUAUCAAAGCCAACUCAUCGAUGGACGAGGUAAAUAGUUGUUCAAACGGAAACACUGGUAAGCCCAAUAUUAGCCAAGGCGAUUCAGCGAUGGAUGACGUGGACUUCCUUUCUGUCGGAAAGGUCAAAACGCAAAACAAUGGUGACAUUGUUAUUGAAGUCGUGGACAACACAAAGACUGCAAAAGAUAAGAUGAGCGUUAAAGAGUCAACAGUGAUGGAUUAUCUGAACAUUUCAUACACAAAUUCUACAGCUGAUAAUAAGCCGAAUGUUUUCAAAACUGACUUGGUAAAUGACAUUCAAAUGUUGGACCAAAAUACCACCAAUGAUGAGAUUAUUGUAGAGGAAACAACUGUAAUGGAACGUCCACAUAUUUCCCCUACACAUCCCGCGGAUUACACACAGACAAAUGCAGUUAGCCAAGCCGAUUCAUUUAACCCUUGA